AUGGCAGAGACGCUGGAGUUCAACGAUGUCUAUCAGGAGGUGAAAGGUUCCAUGAAUGAUGGUCGACUGAGGUUAAGCCGCCAAGGCAUCAUCUUCAAGAAUAGCAAGACGGGCAAAGUGGACAACAUCCAGGCCGGGGAGCUGACCGAAGGCAUCUGGCGCCGGGUUGCCCUGGGCCACGGACUUAAACUGCUCACCAAGAACGGCCAUGUCUACAAGUACGAUGGCUUCCGAGAGUCGGAGUUUGAGAAACUGUCCGAUUUCUUUAAAACUCACUAUCGCCUUGAGCUAAUGGAGAAGGACCUCUGUGUGAAGGGCUGGAACUGGGGAACGGUGAAGUUUGGCGGGCAGCUGCUUUCCUUUGACAUUGGCGAUCAGCCGGUCUUUGAGAUACCCCUCAGCAACGUGUCCCAGUGCACCACGGGCAAGAACGAGGUGACUCUGGAGUUCCACCAGAACGAUGACGCAGAGGUCUCCCUCAUGGAGGUGCGCUUCUACGUGCCUCCCACUCAGGAGGACGGCGUGGACCCCGUGGAGGCCUUUGCACAGAAUGUGCUGUCCAAGGCCGACGUGAUCCAGGCCACUGGAGACGCCAUCUGCAUCUUCCGGGAGCUGCAGUGUCUCACUCCCCGUGGCCGCUACGACAUUCGGAUCUACCCCACCUUUCUUCAUCUGCAUGGCAAGACCUUCGACUAUAAGAUUCCCUAUACGACAGUCCUCCGUCUCUUCCUGCUGCCCCACAAGGACCAGCGCCAGAUGUUCUUUGUGAUCAGCCUGGAUCCUCCCAUCAAGCAGGGCCAAACGCGCUACCACUUCCUGAUCCUGCUCUUCUCCAAGGACGAGGACAUCUCCUUGACUCUCAACAUGAACGAGGAAGAAGUGGAGAAGCGCUUUGAGGGGCGGCUCACCAAGAACAUGUCUGGGUCCCUCUACGAGAUGGUCAGCCGAGUCAUGAAAGCCUUGGUGAACCGCAAGAUCACAGUGCCAGGCAACUUCCAAGGGCACUCGGGGGCCCAGUGCAUCACCUGUUCCUACAAGGCCAGCUCGGGGCUGCUGUAUCCCCUGGAGAGGGGCUUCAUCUACGUUCACAAGCCCCCUGUGCACAUCCGCUUCGACGAGAUCUCCUUUGUCAACUUUGCCCGUGGCACCACCACCACACGUUCCUUUGACUUUGAGAUUGAGACCAAGCAGGGCACUCAGUAUACCUUCAGCAGCAUCGAGAGGGAGGAAUACGGGAAGCUGUUUGAUUUUGUCAACGCAAAGAAGCUCAACAUCAAGAACCGAGGCUUGAAAGAGGGCAUGAACCCAAGCUACGACGAAUACGCCGACUCGGAUGAUGACCAGCACGACGUCUACCUGGAGCGGAUGAAGGAAGAAGGCAAGAUCCGAGAGGAGAAUGCCAACGACAGCAGCGACGAUUCCGGAGAGGAAACCGAUGAGUCAUUCAACCCCGGUGAAGAGGAGGAAGAUGUGGCUGAAGAGUUUGACAGCAAUGCCUCUGCCAGCUCCUCCAGCAACGAGGGUGACAGUGACCGGGAUGAGAAGAAGCGGAAGCAGCUCAAGAAGGCCAAGAUGGCCAAAGAGCGCAAGAGCCGGAAGAAGCCUGUGGAGGCAAAGAAGGGCAAAGACCCCAAUGCCCCCAAGAGGCCCAUGUCUGCCUACAUGCUGUGGCUCAAUGCCAGCCGGGAGAAGAUCAAGUCAGACCAUCCCGGCAUCAGCAUCACCGAUCUCUCCAAGAAGGCGGGCGAGAUCUGGAAGGGGAUGUCCAAGGAGAAGAAAGAGGAGUGGGACCGCAAGGCUGAGGACGCCAGGAGGGAGUACGAGAAAGCCAUGAAGGAAUACGAAGGGGGCCGGGGGGAGUCGUCCAAGAGGGACAAGUCAAAAAAGAAGAAGAAAGAAAAGGUAAAAGUGGAAAAGAAAUCAACACCUUCUAGGAGUUCAUCGUCCAAGUCCUCAUCGAGGCAGCUAAGCGAGAGCUUCAAGAGCAAAGAGUUUGUGUCCAGCGAUGAGAGCUCAUCAGGAGAAAACAAAGGCAAAAAGAAGAGGCGGUGGAGCGAGGACUCGGAAGAGGAGGAACUGGCCAGUACUCCCCCCAGCUCGGAAGACUCUGCAUCAGGAUCGGAUGAGUAG